AUGAGACAUACUAUAAGGUAUCCUUGUAUUAAACUUCAUCAGCUAAGUGGUUCUGUCGGUUCACAGAAAAGACUGAGUAUAUCUUGCUUUAAACUCACUGGCUUGUUAGUAAAUAAAUCUUCCACAAAUUCACUUACAAACAUUCAACGACAUUUGACAAUCAUUCGUGUUGCCGUGAAUUGUUUCAACACUCGGACUGUACCAUUGUCAAAUAAUUUUCAGGCAGAAGUACUGAAAUUUCAUCACUUUAGAGAGAACUUACUACCUUCCAGAAGUUUGCACAGCCACAAUACAAAUUCAAGUUACCAAAUUAAACAAAAUAAUGCGGAGAGACUUCUGGAGAUAACUUCAGGCAGCUUGAAGCUGAGGGUUCCCUUCAUUUGGUUGCGGGAUCACUGCAGGUCAGAGAAGUAUUACAAUCACAAAACUUUUCAGAAGAAUGUGGACUUUGACUUGCUGAACAAAGAUUUGACACCUGCCAGAGUUGAUUACUUGGCUGACAAUUUGGGUGUUGCGAUUACAUGGAAAGAUGAACACGUUUCUGAAUUCACAUUUGAAUUUCUGUUGGACAACUUUUAUCCCGGGCGUAGUUGUCAUAAGACAGAAAGACUGUUGUGGAACAGAGCUGUGAUUGAGUCGCACGGGCUGCCUGAAGUAUCAUUCGACCACCAUGUGGGCCUAGAAUCUGGCCUGAAGCAGUCUCUGGUGAAUCUUGUCAAAUACGGAUUCACUUUUGUUCAGGGUGCGCCGGUUUCUGUGGAGGGCACACAGGAAGUUGCAGAAAGAGUUGCCCCUGUGUUCAAAACCAUAUUUGGUAAAAUGUGGGUGUUCACGGCUGAUGGUUCCCAUAAUGACACAGCAUACUCGACACAACAUCUGGGUGCCCAUACAGACAACACAUACCUGACCUCACCUGCCGGAAUUCAAGUCUUUCAGUGCUUUGAGCACAAUGGAGCUGGGGGUGAAACCUUACUGGUUGAUGGAUUCAGUGCACUUGAACUUCUGAGGACAUCAGAUCCAACUGCCUUUCGGUUGCUGUGUCAGACUGUGAUACCUCAUGAAUACAUUGAGAGCCCAAGUGAAGUUAGCCCAGGGUAUCACCUCUACACCCUGGGUACAGUCAUCUCCACACACCCAGCAACGGGGGAACUGUUGCAGAUCAGAUAUAACCCAUACGAUCGUGCGCCACUGAACACUGUCAGACCAGAUGAUGUCCAAGCAUUCUAUGAAGCCUAUAGUAAACUGUCAGGGGUGAUCGCAGACCCAAGCAAUGAAUUGUGGGUGAAGUUAAAACCAGGAUCUGUACUGCUUAUCGACAACUGGCGGGUCAUGCAUGGCCGUGCCGCGUUUGAAGGCAGGCGUAUCAUGGGAGGCUGCUACCUGCCCAGAGAUGAGUGGUUGUCAAAGGCAAGGUUGCUGGCUGUUUUAUGA